AUGAUCAGUAUCAAUAACUGCCUGCUGCUUCAUAGUUUAAAGCAUUGUCCAAGUUUAGCCGCCGUCCGCCAAACAAUGAAAUCGUGUCUACCAAAAGCGCCCACGAUCCUCAAGACUAGACUAUCCAAGCGUAGGAACAUUGUCGUCGAUUUGAACUUUUCCCAUACAUUUAUGGGAGGAACGCCUAUUCGUGGCAGCUCAAGAGGUGAAAUUCCCCUACGCGGAUUACAUUACAGAGCAGGGAACUGCAGAUCGCCUGCAAUACAUGUAGCAGAAGGGUCCUUCACGGAGGUUUUCAUCCCACCUUGCAAAGGUGGAGCCGGUAUCGAGAACAUCGAUUUCGGCGGUGAUUGUGAGAAUCUUUUGAAACGAACCAUAAUGCUAAUCACAAGACAAUGUGGAUUCGAUGAGCAAGCAAUGGGACUCUCACUGGCGGAAACUCACAACUUAGAAGAGCUGAUUCAUUACUGUAAGACUCAUAGUCGGUCCUUCCACAGACCACGUGAUACAAAGGCUGAAUGCGAACCAGCCAGCGAUUUCCCACGUGGUAACGGCUGUUCAAUAUAA